AUGUCUGAUAGGAGGACGCAGCAGGAGACCCUGCCGCAGAAGUCAAAGGCAAAGUUGCCUCAACCAGUGGUGGCGAAGGCUGUGGAGCACAAAGCUAUGCCAGUGCAACGGAAGCAGACUCAGACUGAGAAGUUGGGAUCCAGCGCAAAAAUGAUGCCAGAGAAGCCACAUGAGAAGGCAGAGCCGACAAAUAGCCGGCAAGAUACCCCUCAUCUGCUGGUUUCAGGGCCGCCUUGCACUGUCUUCAGCGACGGUCGUCAUCAGACAAGGCCAGUGACACCUCCAAAGGCUCCGGCAGCCAAAGGCGGUCAAGCCCCUUCAGGCCCUCCAGGCCCACCAGGCCCACCACCAGGCCCACCACCUUCGAAGGAGCAGAUGCAGGAGAUGAUGAGGGCUUCAGCCAAGGCGAUGGCUGACAUGAAGAGUCCUGCAAGCUCUGCAUCAAGCCCAAUAAUGCCAAGCCCAAUAAUGCCAAGCCCAAGACCUAUGAUGAUGAGAGUGAUGGGCUCUGGGCAACAGCAGAUGUGGAUGCCACCGCAACAACCUGUGACACCUAUGACGAUCCGACCUAUGGUCCCUCCUGGUAUGCCUGGACAGCCUCCAAUGCAAACCAUACAGCCCACCAUGCAGCCAAUGCAGCCUAUGCAACAAGGACCUACUAUGGUGCAGCCUGUGCAGCCUACUAUGGUGCAGCCUAUGCAGCCUACCAUGGUGCACCCUAUGCAGCCAGGACCAGUUGCGCAGACUGUGCCACAGCACCUGCAGCAGCCUUCAGUGGUGGAAAGGUUUUGCAAUCCGAAAGGGCCCAUGAAGAUGCAAGAGGCCAAGGCGAGCACGGAGAUAUGGAUGGAGGAGAUGCCAUCUGGGUCAGCUGGAUCUCGUUAUGAGGGAGGUACCUACAUCCCUGCGCAACCUCAAGAUUGGAAAGAGUGGAAUGAGGAUUCGAAGAAAGCUGCUGCCAACAGAGGCCACCGGCACACUCCUACCCAGGUGAGGCGAGAAGCGUUUCAAAGAGAAGCUCAACUUCGGGAGCACUAUGAGGCCAAGCUGGCCGUCCAGAAGGAGUGGUAUGAGGCAAAGCUCGUGGCGAGCCGUGCGGAGGUGGUUGCAGCCAAAGCCAUCAUGCUUCUCAAUGGCCUGGAUCCAAAUCAGACAAUUGAUCAACAGGUCCUGGAGGACACCAUGAACCAGCCUGCCGGCAAGAAGGCCAGGCAGGGCUGA